GUACUUCAAUAGUAAUAAACUAAAACAUGUAAAUAGUUAAUUAGUACUUUACUCUCAAAUGUAUAAUGUUUUAAGAAUAUGUGUUUCAAAAAUGUAAAAAUGUUUUGAUAUUUCUUAAUUUAUUUUAAUUUUAUCCAAAAUUAUGUAACUUCUAUUAUUUUAUAACUUUCGAAUUAAUGUUUUGAGUUAUAUAUUAACCAAAAUCCACAGAGAGAAUCUAUUCUGUUAAACGAUAGUCAGAUACGUAACCAUAAAUACUAAUGAUUCUUUUUUAACACGAUGGCUGAUAUUAUGUUUUCUAAAAUUAACUUCUUACAAGAAUCUAAUAUAUCCAUACUCUGUAGAUUCUAGAAUAUAAAAUUUCGAGUAUAUAGAAUGAGGAAUAUUCGGUGGAUAUUCUUGAUUUGGUAAAAAUGAAGGAGGCUUCCUAUGGUAAGGAAUCUUGGAACAUAAGAUCAUAACGUAUAUGGUCACAGCACAGAUAAGCACAACUGAGUAUGUGCACACACAAAUCCUUCACAUCACAACCUAUCUCUAUCUCUAUCCUUCUACAAAUAUUCAUAUAUAAAACACACACAAUAUGUCCAUAACUUAUUAUCAAAAAGUUGAUCAUCCUUCUUAAAUUUCUUAAGCAAAACCAACUUGAUAACUUUUCUCAUCAACUGAUAACAUCAGAAAUAAGAGAUUCAGCAUUUAUAGAGAGAGAUAAAACAUGACAUCACCGGUGCAGCUCCAUCACGGCUUCCACACGCUGCAGCCUCCCGAUCAAACCGAUGGACUGAUCAGAAGAGUCUUUCUCACGCGAGGUAUGCACGUGCCAGAGCACGUGGCGAUGCACCACACACAUGACCUUGGUCCAGGCAAGUGCUGCUCCUCGGUGGUGCAGACGAUCCACGCCCCGCUCGAGUCCGUGUGGGCCCUCGUGCGUCGUUUUGAUAACCCUAAACUUUACAAGAACUUCGUAAAGCAGUGCCGUAUCGUCCAAGGAGACGGGCUCCACGUCGGCGAUCUUAGGGAGGUCAUGGUCGUGUCUGGACUCCCGGCGGUCUCUAGCACCGAAAGGCUCGAGAUAUUGGACGAGGAGCGUUAUGUGAUAAGCUUUAGCGUCGUGGGUGGGGACCACAGGCUCGAGAACUACCGAUCGGUGACGACUCUCCAUGCGUCGGACGAUGAAGGAACCGUUGUGGUGGAGUCAUAUGUCGUCGAUGUGCCGCCGGGGAACACGGAGGAGGAGACUCUUAGCUUUGUGGAUACUAUCGUCCGGUGCAACCUUCAGAGUCUUGCUAGAAGUACCAACCGGCAAUAAUCUCGUCUGUAAAUUUAUUGCAAUUAUGUUAUGUAUAUGUUAUUAUUUUAAAUAAAAACAUUUCCUCUGGAUGUUUCAAUCAUCACAAGGAAGUGAAGUUCGAGAGAACCUAUUUGUAAAUUACUAGAUAGAUUUUUUUAGUUUUAAAAUAAUUGUAAUUUCGUGGGAUUUGUUUGAGUUGGCAGAUUUAUGUAGUUAAUACUGAAUCCAGAAAAGUUGGAUUUGGAGGUUGGUAUACGUAAUAACAUUCCGAGUUGAGUCUGUUACGUGGGAUGAUAGUUUCAUGAAUGUAUUAUAUACGCCGGUGGGAAAUUAAACACUUUUUUACAGAAUAUAUUUUCUUAAUUUUUAUAUACGUAAGGUACCAUAUACGUAGCUACACUGUAUUUAAGAUUAUGAUAUUUCUAAAAAAAAUUCUGAACACUAGAUUAUGAUAUUUCAGAGUGCUUAUGGAAAAUCUGAAAGUCUCUUGCAAGAUUCAAAAAUAAGAAAACAACAUUGAAAAUUUGAAAUUCUUAGUUAAAUGGUUCAACAUUGAUUGUUACGUUUAAUAUAAACUCUUAGUUAGAAUUGUUUGAGCCAGAUACAAAGAGAGAGAGGUGUUCAUGUAUGCCGGAUUGUAUGGAGACUACAGCUAGUUCAGUUGACCGGUUGAGCAAUCGUCCGACGAGGUUGAAUUUUAAAUGAGUGAUAAUUUAUUUAAAUAAAAUAAUUUUUAAAAAAGUUUUUUUUUGUUAAUUUAUCUAUUUAAUAUAUUUUCAUAUUUAAUUCAUAAAUCACUUCUGUUUUAUAUAAUACUGAAUAUAAUUAUAGAAUUUAUAAGAUAGGAUAGAAGUUUUAUUUUCUUGUUUUAAUAAUAUUAUAUUAUUAAUGAUGAAAUUAAUUAAUAUGUUAUUUUAUAAAAAUAUUUAAAAUUUUAGUAAGAUUUUGUUAGAUUUUUUCUUAAAUUUAUAGUUAAUUUAUUAUUAAUGCAAAUAGGUCAUAAACAAUUUUUUCUUAAGUGGUCUUUAAUAGUAGAUAAAAAUA